GCCUCCUAGGUCUCCGAAGACCAACCACAGACAUGAGGCAGUUCAUCAAUGUCUUGAUGUUUCUUGGGGUCCUUGGACCCUUUCUAGCUAGGAUAGAUACAGUUGUUCGAUGGUGCACCACAUCAAGAAAUGAGGCACAAAAAUGUUUCAUGUGGCAAGAGAUGCUGAACAAAAUGGGUGUCCCGCAGCUUAGAUGUGCCAGGAAGUACUUCACGCCUCACUGUAUCCAGGAGAUUAUGAUGAGGAGAGCCGACGCCAUGACUCUUUCUGGCAGCGCCAUACUCAAUUUCUAUUUUCCCUACAAACUGCAGCCGAUAGCUGCCGAAGUCUAUGGAACCAAAGAGAAGCCCCGGAUUCACUAUUAUGCGGUGGCCGUCGUGAAGAACAGCAGUGACAUUCAUCUGAACCAACUCCAAGGCUUGAAGUCCUGCCACGCAGGCUUUGACACUAGUGCAGGGUGGAUAGCCCCUUUAGGGGCACUUCGUCCAUACCUGAAUUGGGAUGAGAAAUCUAUAUCCCUUGAGGAAGCGGUAUCCAAGUUCUUCUCACAGAGCUGUGUUCCUGGUAUCAGCAAGUCUAGAUUUCCCAGGUUGUGUAGCUUGUGUACAGGGAAAGGAGAACACAUAUGUGACUUUUCCCCCCAGGAACCAUACGCUGGCUACGCAGGUGCCUUCAGGUGUCUGAGAGACGACGCUGGAGAUGUGGCUUUUAUCAGAGAAAGCACGAUAUUUGAGGAGUUACCCAAUGAAGCUGAAUGGGACCAGUACAAGCUGCUUUGCCCAGAUAACACCUGGAAGCCGGUGACAGAGUACAAGGAGUGCCACCUGGCUCAAAUCCCUUCACGUGCUGUCGUAGCCCACGUCAGAAGUGAAAAAGACAGUAUCAUCUGGGAGCUUCUCGACCUGUCACAGGAAAUGUUUGGAAAAAACAAAACAUCAAAAUUCGAGCUCUUUGGCUCCUAUCUGGGAAAGAAGGACCUGCUGUUCAAGAACUCUGCCAUUGGCUUUGUGAGGGUUCCCUUUGCAGUGAAUGUUUGGCUUUACCUGACCUUCAGUUAUAUCAUGGCCCUGAGGAGCUUGAAGGAAAGCGCGGAGAAUGUGAUGGCCUUAAGGGCCCGGAUCACGUGGUGUGCCGUGGGCAGCGAGGAGAAGCGCAAGUGUGACCAGUGGAGCAGAGUGAGUGUCGGCAAGAUUACCUGCAUCUCAUGCACCACCACGGAGCAGUGCAUCUUCUCUAUCACGAUGGGAGAUGCUGAUGCCAUGAACUUGGAUGGAGGCUAUAUCUACUCUGCGGGCAAGUGUGGUUUAGUUCCAGUUUUGGCAGAGAUCCACAAAUCCCCCAAUAGCAAUGGCUCUGAUUGUGUGGACAGACCAGCAGAAGGGUACCUUGCUGUAGCAGCAGUCAGAAAAGAAGAUACUGGCUUCACCUGGAGCACUGUGAGAGGGAAGAAAUCCUGCCACACCGCUGUGGACAGGACCGCGGGCUGGAACAUUCCCAUGGGCCUGCUUGUCAACCAGACCAACUCCUGCCAAUUUAAGGAAUUCUUUAACAAAAGCUGCGCCCCUGGGUCUUUCCUCUAUUCCAAUCUCUGUGACCUGUGUAUUGGUGACGAGAGCGGUAAGGAUAAGUGUAACCCCAACAGCCAAGAGAGGUACCAAGGCUACGUCGGGGCUUUCAGGUGUCUGGCCGAGAAGGCAGGAAAUGUCGCAUUUUUGAAGGACGCCACGGUCUUGCAGAAUACAGACGGGAAGAAUGCUGACAAGUGGGCUAAGAACUUGAAGCUGGACGACUUCGAGCUGUUGUGCCUUGAUGACACCCGGAAGCCUGUGACUGAGGCUAAGAACUGCCACCUCGCCGUAGCCCCAAACCAUGCUGUAGUAGCUCGGAAGGACAAGGCGAGACUCGUUCAGCAAGAGCUGCUUUACCAACAGGUUCAGUUUGGGAAAAAUGGAUGCAGGUGUCCAGAAGAGUUUUGCCUGUUCAGGUCUGAAACCAAAAACCUUCUGUUCAACGACAACACUGAGUGUCUGGCCAAGCUCCCCAGCAAAAUCACAUGGGAGGAGUAUCUAGGCAAGGAGUACGUCAUAGCGAUCGCGCACCUGAGGCAGUGCUCCAAUAUCACUCAGGAAGCCUACAAUUUUCUUGCCAUGCGAAACUCCUGAGCAAUAGCAGAGUCUUCGCAGGAAGCCUCAGCCAGGACCCAUGGUCCCGGGGCCUUCUGACCGUCCUCAGGACUCCCUGCCGUCACUUAUGUAGAAAUAAAAUGAAGCAAUGUUGGUUUUCACGUCAUAUGAAGUGUCACUCAUCGUAUGAAGUGUCACUCAUCGCUCCUCGAAGUUUACACGGAAAUCCUGUGUCUGACCACAUGCUUGCACACUUGGACUUUCUUCUGGAGUUUCUAGGCCCAGCCCUUCCUUUGUCCUGAAGUUCCAGGCGUGAUGCCCAGUGACCUGGAAUCUGGGGAAAACCAAGGGACGUUUCUUUCCCUGGGGGAUCUGGUUUCUUCACAUAGAGAUCACAGUGCAUAUGUGUGUCCUGGCUCAUGUGUGUGUAUGGGUGAACAUGUAUGCCUCAGCAUGUUUGCAUAUGACUGUGUAUACUCCUCACACUAAUGCUUCUCUCUCUCUGUGUGUGUGUGCACAUGUGUGUGAGGGCCAGAGGAUAUCUGGAAUGUCACCAUCUACCUUUUUGUUUUAAAAAGAAUUAAUUUUACUUAUUUACAUUUCA